ACUCGGGCUGGCCAGCGGCGCUGCGCGGGGGCUGCGCGGGCGCUGCGCGGGGGCUGCGCGGGGCCAUGCCGCGCUCCUUCCUGGUGGACUCGCUGGUGCUGCGGGAGGCGGGCGAGAAGAAGGGCGAGGGCAGCCCCCCGCCGCCGCUCUUCCCCUACGCCGUGCACCCCUCGCACCCGCUGCCCGGGCUGCCGGCCGGCGCCUGCCACGCGCGCAAAGCCGGGCUGCUCUGCGUGUGCCCGCUGUGCGUCACCGCCUCGCAGCUGCACCCGCCGCCGCCCGCCAUUCCCCUGCUCAAGGCUUCCUUCCCCCCGUUCGGCUCCCAGUACUGCCACCCGCCCCUCGGCCGCCAGCAGCACUCCGUGUCCGCCGUCAGCGUGGGGCACGGCCCGGCGCUCUACCAGGGCGCCUACCCGCUGCCCGACCCCCGACAGUUCCACUGCAUCUCCGUGGACAGCACGUCGAGCCAACUGCCCAGCAGCAAGAGGAUGCGCACCGCCUUCACCAGCACGCAGCUCCUGGAGCUGGAGAGGGAGUUCGCCUCCAACAUGUACCUCUCCCGGCUGCGGCGAAUCGAGAUCGCCACCUACCUGAACCUCUCCGAGAAGCAGGUGAAGAUAUGGUUCCAGAACCGCCGGGUCAAGCACAAGAAAGAAGGCAAAAGCGGCUCCCACCGGGGAGGGGGCCCCGGGCACAGCUGCAAAUGCUCGGCCCUUUCCACCACCAAGUGCUCGGAGGACGACGAGGACUUGCGCAUGUCUCCGUCCUCCUCGGGGAAGGACGACAGAGGCCUCGCCGCCACCCCAUGACCCCCGGCUCCGUCGGGACUGUGCCGGGAGCAGAGGGGGGUCCGUGCAGCCGGAUGAUUUUGUACCGUUUUGUAUAAUCCGUGUCAUUUACGAAAGACUUUCUCGCCUUUCCACACUCCCGGCCCAUAGCGGCGGCCGUGCCGGCGCCCCGCUGCCAAUAAGGCGCUCCCCGGGACCCCACGUCUCGCUGUCCCACCCGAGGCCGGGGGUCCCCGCAGCCUCCGGAGGCAGAGCCGGACCAGAAAGCAGAGAGCCCACCGCGGGGCGAGAGCGGGCGGCCGGGGAGGUUCGGGGCUGUUUGGGUUCUUGUCAUAAUAUUGGCUUUUUGGUUUUGGUUUUUUUGUUUUGUUUUGUUUUUUGUUUUUUUGUUCUUUUCCCUACCAAACUGUUCUUUUUUGUUUGUUUGUUUGUUUGUUUUGUUUUGACACUGUCUCUGGCGGGCGCGCAGCUGUGGCUGUACGGCCCCGUCCCCGUCCCCACCACCAUCCCUCCCCGGGAGAUAUUUAUUUAUUUAUUUAUGUGCUGAGAAAUGAUGAUGGCGAUGUUAAUAAUGACGGUGACGGCAAUAAAGGUUCCGCUGGUGGUUCAUUUCCUCACACAGAGCCGUCCGCUGCCGCGCUCCGGGUUCUGGUAACCCCCCGGGGCACCGUCUUUCCCCACCUCCGACGGACGGAUCCCGGCAUCGGGACGGGCACCGAGGCGGGCACCGGGAUCCGCCCUUCGCCGCCCGUGGGGACUGCUCUGCGACAGUCGAAGGCGCGGGGUGCGGGGAACUCCUCGCCCGACACCCCGCCGAUUUGGAGGAAACCCGGGGAUCUCCUCGCCAAGCCGCAGCCCGGCGGAGAGGGCCGUCGUCAAAUAAUGUUCCCCUCUGAAAAGCAGCCGGGAAGUGCCCGGUGACAAACGAGUGACAACGGCGGGGCUGCGGUGGCGAUGCUCCCCCUCCCCUGGACUUGACGGGGGGAUCGGGCGCGCCUCCGGGGUUCGGUGCCGUCGGGUCCCCGGGCCGUGCGCAGAGGGAGCAGCUCCGUUCUGCUGAGUGCGGGAACGCGCUCCACUUGCGCUCACGGGAAUGCGCUCUCAGAUCGCCGGCUCUGUGUCCCUCAGCCCGGGGUCGUCUGGAAUCGGCUCCGGUAUCUGGGUGCCUCCUGUCCCUACCAGGCCCUGGGUCAUCCCUGCCUGGAGAUCCCCAGAA